AAUAUUGGAAAGGGGAAAAAGGAGAGGGAUUGAGUGGAGGGGUGGGGGGCCCUGAGAUUAGGGACAGAAAGAGGGAAAAAAGGAGAAUUGGAAAGUUGGGAGCUUGAAUGCGUGCUUGCCUGCCAUUAUACACCAACAAAGGAAGCUCCUUUCCAUUUCAUAGAGAUUUUUAUCCACAAUCCCUUUUGUGGGAAUUUCAUGGAUGUUCUUCUUGCCUGGAUCCAAUGCGUGUCAGGUUGAAAGAGCUUUGAUUGUGUGGAAAAAAGGGUGGAUUCCUUUGGAGUUUGGCUCUUGUUGUCUCAGAUUGGUUUCCUGGAUUUCAGCUCUUGAGUUCUUAUGUUUCUGAAUUGAUUAUCUUGAGCUUAAUUUUGGGCAUUGGAUUUCUGGACAAAAGUGUAUGGUUGCUGCUUAAUUAAAAUGCCAAACAACUUGAAAUUCAAGACAACCUCUGAAUUUUUGUUUCUUGAAUUCUUGCUGCUUUUUGCUGCAUUUCUUGCUUAUGGCUCGAAAGGGCUGAAUAUCGAAGGGCAGUAUCUGUUAGAGAUUAAGGGACAACUGACUGAUAGGAUGAAUUACCUUAGUGAUUGGAACUCCGAAGAUCAAGCUCCAUGUGGAUGGACUGGUGUAAAUUGUACUAGUGACUAUUAUCCUGUGGUUUUCUCUCUUGAUCUCAGCAUAAUGAAUCUUUCAGGAACUCUUUCUCCUAGCAUCGGCAAACUAAUUCACUUGACUGAUCUUGAUCUUUCCUUCAAUGAGUUAUCCGGAGAAAUCCCUCCCGAGAUUGCUAAUUGUUCUAAACUAGAGAUUCUUCGCUUAAAUAACAAUCAUUUUGAUGGUGAAAUACCUCCUGAAGUAGGCAAUUUGACCUCAUUGAUACAUUUCAACUUGUGCAAUAAUAAACUCUCCGGGCCUCUCCCUGAAGAGAUUGGGAACAUGUCCUCACUUGCUGCAUUGGUAGCCUACUCUAACAAUCUCACUGGUGAAUUGCCUCGUUCUAUUGGUAGACUCAAGAACUUGGAGACAUUUAGAACUGGUCAGAAUCUGAUUUCUGGUAACCUUCCAGUUGAAAUAGCUAAUUGUCAGAGCUUGAAGUUUUUGGGUCUUGCUCAGAACCAGCUCGGAGGUGAGUUGCCGAAAGAACUUGGAAAACUCAGCUACUUGAGAGAAUUGGUUCUAUGGGAUAAUCAAAUAUCGGGUUAUAUUCCGAAGGAGCUCGGGAAUUGCUCAAGCCUCGUCACUCUUGCUCUGUAUCAGAACAAUCUUGUGGGUGUAAUACCUCCAGAGAUCGGUAACAUGAAGUCUUUGCAAAACUUGUAUCUUUAUAGGAAUGGAUUGAAUGGAACUAUUCCAAAGGAAAUCGGAAAUCUUACUUUUGCUAUUGAAAUUGAUUUCUCUGAGAACUAUUUGAUGGGGGAAAUACCAGCUGAGCUCGGCAACAUAACUGGUCUGAACCUUCUCUACCUUUUCCAGAACCAAUUAACAGGCUUGAUUCCUCCAGAACUCUGUGGCUUGAAGAAUUUGAGCAAGUUGGAUCUGUCGAUAAAUCAGCUUGUUGGUCCUAUUCCCAUCAGAUUUCAGCGUUUGACUAAUUUGCUCCAGUUACAGCUUUUCGAUAACCAGUUAUCAGGUGCUAUUCCUCCAAAGCUUGGGAUGUUUAGCCGGCUUUGGGUAGUGGAUUUUUCAGACAAUAAUCUCACCGGCCUGAUACCCGACCAUCUAUGCAGAAAUUCUAAUCUUAUUUUGUUGAAUCUGAGGUCGAACAAUCUGGUCGGAAAUAUUCCAAGUGGGGUGACAAAUUGUUCGUCAUUGGUGCAGCUUCGUCUGGGUGAGAACAGCCUGACAGGAAGUUUUCCUUCUGAAUUAUGCAAACUGGUUAACUUGACGACAAUCGAGUUGGAUCAGAACAAGUUCAGUGGUCCUAUUUCUGCAGAAAUCGGUAAUUGUCGAUCUUUGCAAAGACUAAAUAUUCCGAACAAUUAUUUUACAGCUGAGCUGCCUGUAGAGAUUGGUAAUUUGUCUCAUCUUGUGAUCUUCAACAUAUCGUCGAAUAAGCUUGAGGGGAAUAUUCCUCUGAGUAUUGUCAAUUGCAAGAUGCUUCAAAGGCUUGAUAUCAGCAAUAACCAGUUUGUCGGCGCUUUGCCGGAUGAAUUUGGGACGCUUAUUCAAUUGGAAAGGCUUAUUGUUUCAGAUAAUCGGUUUUCCGGUACAAUACCUUCCAUACUUGGCAAGCUUACUCAUUUAACAGAAUUGCAAAUGGGUGGUAAUCGAUUUACUGGGAAAAUACCCAAGGAAUUGGGUGGCAUGUCAAGCUUGCAGAUUGCCAUGAACCUCAGCUGUAAUAAUCUGUUUGGUAGCAUACCGCCAGAGCUCGGAGACCUUGCAUUGUUAGAAUAUCUCUUACUAAACAACAACAGUUUAACAGGUGAAAUCCCUUCAACAUUUGAAAAUCUCUCAAGUUUACUUGGGUUGAAUGUGUCCUACAAUGAUCUCAUCGGACCUCUCCCUUCUAUUCAACUGUUUCAAAGCAUGGUGGCAAGCAGCUUUUUCGGAAACAAGGGUCUUUGUGGUGGGCCUCUUGGUAAUUGUAAUGGAGACCCUUCUUUGUCGGCCUCACUAUCCCCGAGCUCAUCCGGCGCUCCGUUGGGUAGGAUCAUUGCAAUUAUCGCCGCAGCGAUUGGAGGUAUUUCUCUUGUUCUCAUAGUCGUUAUCGUGUACCUUUUGAGAAGACCAGUGGAGAUUGUUACUCCUUUGCAAGAAAAGCAACUUUCAACAAAUUCAUCGGGAAUGUAUAUCCACCCGAAGGAACGUUUCACAUUCGAAGAUAUUGUUGCCGCCACAAACAACUUCGAUGAGGAUUUUGUAAUUGGAAGAGGAGCUUGUGGAACUGUGUACAAAGCCAUAAUGCCGGAAGGUAAGAUAGUUGCCGUGAAGAAACUCUCGUCGCAAAGAGAAGGAAGCAAUGUAGACAACAGCUUUCGAGCUGAAAUAUCAACUCUUGGGAAAAUACGCCAUCGAAAUAUUGUGAAGCUCUAUGGCUUUUACUACCACCAGGGCUCGAACCUUCUCUUGUACGAGUACAUGGCGAGAGGGAGCCUCGGCGAGCUGCUUCAUGGGAAUUGUUCUAAUCUUGAUUGGGAUGUACGCUUCAUGGUUGCUCUCGGCGCUGCUGAGGGCCUUUCAUACUUGCAUCAUGACUGCAAACCCCGCAUAAUUCACCGCGAUAUCAAGUCCAACAACAUAUUACUAGACGAUAACUUUGAAGCUCAUGUCGGUGAUUUCGGAUUGGCUAAGGUGAUUGAUUUGCCUCAAUCAAAAUCAAUGUCUGCAGUGGCCGGAUCUUAUGGUUAUAUCGCACCCGAAUACGCGUAUACAAUGAAAGUUACAGAGAAAUGUGAUAUCUAUAGCUACGGUGUCGUCCUACUUGAAUUGCUGACCGGUAGAACACCAGUACAACCGAUAGAACAAGGCGGUGAUCUCGUUACAUAUGUAAGGAAUUACAUUAAGCAAAAUUCUUUGACACCGGGAAUACUUGAUAGUAGAUUAAAAUUAGAAGACAAGAACACUGUCGAGCACAUGAUCGUGGUUUUGAAAAUUGCUUUGUAUUGUACAAGUAUGUCGCCGAUUGAACGGCCGUCGAUGCGAGAAGUUGUCAUCGCUUUGGAUGAGUCUAAACAUAAAUAUGGGAGCUUUCCUUCGUCGCCUGUUUCGGAUUCAUAUUUGUUUUCGAAAGAAUAACUCCUCAUAGUGUAUCAUAGUGUUCAUUAACCUCAAAUGAUUUGUUUCUCAUUCUCUUGUAUAAUUCAUACUACUUCUACUUGCACAUGAAUAUUUAUUUUUCUUUACAUUGUUGUUACUCUCAAUUCUUGUGAAUAAAAGCGUUGGUGAUACGGUA